AAAAAAAAUCUCGGAUUUAUUGAAGAGAGAAAUGCAUAGAUCGAGAAUUUUGCUUGUUGUAUUUGCAGGGUACAAAUUGGGUAUGAUGGCUUACUCUAUGAAUUCAAUAUUGGGCUUUGAUAUAUGAAUGGGCAUUUUUCGUUCACAUGACCUCGAUUUGGUUUUAGUGGAUUCCACCGCGUUGAUUCUCCGACGGUUCGAAAUGACUUUGGGCUCACGCAGUUCCUGUGUGGUUCCGUAAAUUCGUACUAGCUUCCAUGGCCAACAUCAAUGAUGAUCAACUCGCUCACUUGUUGAGCUUAGGGUUUGACUUGGAACUCUGUAAACAAGCCUUGUCCUUACAUAACAAUGUCCAAGACGCCAUCAACUGGAUCUUGGCCGACCUUGAUACCCGACCAACCGCUUGCACGAUUCCGCCUUUGCAGCAGGAACAAAGUAUCAGUGUCGGUGCCAGCGAGGAUCAGGAUAGGAUCGAUCAGCGCAAAUUAUCUGCCAAUCUCGCACGUCAAGCCAGGCGUGAUAAAAUGGAGGACAAACUCGCUCGGCAACGGACCCUCGUGGAAAUCAAGCAGGACCGUGAAUAUCAGCGAUUAAAACAGGGACAACUUCCGAUCAAUGCUCCAUACACCACCCGCACGGAAUCCUCGUCGACAUCAACGCCAUCGGAAACAGAGCAACAACGCAUUCAGAGAGAGCUAAAACAUCAAAAACGACUAGAUCGUGAAGCUAGGAAAAAGACGUUGGAAGCGAUUCGACAAGAUCAUCAGAUCAUGAAACCUCGCAAUACGACCGAUAAUAGUACAGAAAAUUUACCUACCUCUUCACGUCCAAGCUUGCCCAAUCCCGAGUCAACGCAGCCAAGAAAGGCCACCAUUCAAUUCAAAUUGACCGAUGGGAGUUCGUUUCGCCAAGGAUUUGCACCCGAUACAGUCCUCAGUGAUUUAUACGAGCUUGUCGGAGAAAAAGAAGCAUCAACCGAUCAUCCGCUCCAACCAUCCGAGCAAAUUCAUUUCAUCUCUGCCUUUCCGCGUCGAACGUUUGGACCUGAUGAGCGAACCAUGACGAUUGAGGAAGCGGGUUGGAUUCCCAAUAUAUCCCUCAACGUGUGUCGCCUGUCCACUGAAAGUUCUUGCAAUAAUCCAUCCUUGCCAUGCUCCGGAACCUCGUCUUCAGGGGACCAACCGGAGCCCACCACAAUCUCUCCAACGUCGCGUUCAACCACACCACGGCAAAGAGGUCGUCGUACGCAGCAACGUAGCUGGAAUUGGGGAAGCGCUGGCCAUCGAUUGGUGGAAAACGAGAACGAGAACGAGAACGAGAACGAGAAUGAUGAUACUACGGAGGAUGAGGAGAUGUCGGAUCGAGCGAUUGACGAAGCAGAACAUCGACGACAUGUAUUAUCCGCUGUUCAGCAGCGUACAUCGCAAGUGGCACCUCCUAUUGACCAGCCGACACAACGAUCAAAGCCGCGAAAUAUUCGCUCGCUAAAGCAUAUGUGCUCCAACUUGAUUGCAGGACUCUUGAUACAGUCCAAUGCAGAAGCAAGUACUCGGUUAAGACGACUGCCCUUGCUGUCGUCCGACCAUGCAGACAGUCUUGUAAAGGAGCUCAUACAGGCGAGACAGUUAGAUCGCCUGUCGCUUCGUCGUCUGGCCAAUGCAUGUUAUCUCCAGGAACUUGUUCUGGAUGCUUACAUUUACGCGACGGAUUCGCUUUUGGAGGAAAUUGGCCAUUCUCAUUCAACGGAAUCCUUGGUGAAAUUGAGUUCGAAAGGCUGCGACCUGAUUACCGAUGGCGGGAUUCGAUAUUUGGAAGGUCUAAAACAUCUCGAAUAUCUUGAUGCAAGCAACUGCAAAGUAACGGAUAGGAGUCGAAGAACUCUCAGCACUUUAGCCCAUCUCCAGUAUUUAAAUUUAUCGAGAACAAAAAUCUCGGAUAAAGGAUUGCAAGAAUUGAUCCACCAUGCGCGUUUUAAAGAGUCACUUCAAGUCCUGUUGUUAGAUGGUUGCAGUGGCAUCACUUCGGAUUCCACUUUUGCUCUGCUGACGGUGUUGCCAAACUUGAUGCAAGUAUCGCUUGCAUCCACAGGAAUUCAGCCGCAGGCUUUGCAGUCGUUGCCAAACUUACCGGUAUUACCGGCAUUGGAAUACUUGGAUGUGAGUCAGACCCAACUGGGAGAUGACGAUUUGAUUCACACAGUUGCUGGGUUCAGAGCAUUGCGAGUGCUCAAGUUGAAUGGAUGCGAUGGGAUGACGCCGCGUGGACUUGCGUUUCUGGCCCGAGAACUACGGCAUUUGGAAUGGAUCCAAUUUCCCAACCGUGAACAUGAACUGGAUGGUGUAUUUGCUCGAUUUACAGAUCUCCCUUUGCGCCAUUUGGAUUUAACCAAUUUUCCUAACGUGACGGAUGCAAGUAUCAAAUGGAUUUCGCAGAUGAAGCAUCUGCAAUAUCUGAGCUUGUCGGGCACCAAAGUCACUGAUGAAGGUGUAGCGGAUUUACAAGGGUUGGUGGAGCUGGAAAAACUAUUCUUGGAUCGCACCACUGUGUCAGACACUGGGCUUUUCAAGCUCGUAGACCUGGUGAAAUUGGACACGUUAUCGUUAAGUCGAACGCAGAUCAGUAAUGCAGGAUUGCAGUGGAUGGGGGAUCUGGAGCACACAGACUUUAGCCGCCAUUUGAGAACACUUAAUCUGUCGCAGUGCAGUCUCAUCACUGAUAGGGGAAUCCGAGGUCUUUCAGGAAUGGUGAAUCUCAUCAGUCUGAACCUGGAUCAUACAAAUGUCAGCAAGCAAUGUCUUCGUUAUUUGCAAGACUUGGACCAGUUGAGGCCCGUGCGAUUACUGGGGAUCCACCGAGAAGUACCUGACGAAGAUGACGAUGAAAUAAUGGAAUGAUGUGCAACCCAAAGUGAUUAUAAUAAUAAAGAAAAAAAACCGGUGUACCUGUAACCUAACCUAUCUUGGACGGAUGUUGUGUGUAUGUGUGUGUGUAUAUGUGUGCGUGUGUGUUAUG